AUGGCGACCAACGGCCACAAGAAAGAAGUCGUACUGGCGGUGGAGCCAGUCGACAAAGUCCCGGCAUCCAGAGAAGUGACCCCACCACCGCACAUCUCGAUCAACAACUCUGAAGACGGCGCCGACCACGACAUGCCCAAGUGCCCGCGGAGCAGCAGCGGCUGGGAUGGGAAGUUGCGGCUGGAGAAGAAGACGGAGCUGGUGAACCCGGAGGCGAUUUCAGACCCCGAGUACUCGGACGAGGAGAACGUGCUGCCUGGCGAGCGCAUCGAGGCGGACGAAGAUCUCCUGGACGACUACCCGCCCGACACGACUGAAAUCGACUGUGUGCACGCGCGCGUCUCCUCGAUCCCCUCUCUCCGCCUCGAGCGCUUCGCACUCGUCGAACGGCUCUGCCUGCGCCAAAACUCCAUCGCCACCAUCGAAGCCCUAUCCCCGCUCUCCGCGACCCUCAAAGACCUCGACCUCUACGACAACCUGAUCUCCUCGAUCCGCAACCUGGACUCCCUCACACUCCUCCAGAACCUGGACCUGAGCUUCAACAAGAUCAAACACAUCAAGCACAUCUCCCACCUCAAGGAGCUGCGGGACCUGUACUUUGUGCAGAAUAAGAUUUCCGUGAUCCAGGGGCUGGAAGGGCUCGGGAAGCUGCGGAAUCUGGAGUUGGCGGCGAAUCGGAUCCGGGAGAUUCAGGGCCUGGAGACGCUGGUGGGCCUGGAGGAGCUGUGGCUGGGCAAGAACAAGAUUACCGAGAUCAAGGGGCUGGAGACGCUCCAAAAUUUGAAGAUUCUCUCGAUACAGAGUAACCGCAUCCGCGAAAUCACGGGGCUCAGUACGCUGCCGAAGCUCGAGGAGGUGUACAUCUCGCACAACGCACUCACCACGCUCUCUGGCCUGCAGGACUGCAAGGGGUUGCGGGUGCUGGACAUCAGCAACAACCAGAUUGCGAGUCUGAGGGGGCUGGAGGGCCUGGCGGAGCUGGAGGAGGUCUGGGCGAGCUACAACCUGGUGGCGGACUUCCGCGAGGUGGAGGAGGUGCUGAAGGGCAAGGGGAACCUGAACACGGUGUACUUUGAAGGGUGCCCGCUGCAGUUGAGGGCGCCGGCGCUGUACAGGAAUAAGAUCCGGUUGGCGCUGCCGCAAGUGAUGCAGAUUGAUGCUACCUUCGUCCGGGUGUCAUAG